GUGGCGCUUUACCAUUGCACCUCAGCAUUUCCGCUUCCUCCUGGCUCACGCCUAUCACGUCGCAGUAGUUGCCUGGCCCGUUCGCCACUGCCACCUUGCAUCCUCGCCAGGCUGUCGUUGCCUCGCGCCUGCCUCGCCUCACCGCAUCUUGCAUAAAGUCUCCAGGUCGCCUCUCUCGCGGCCCGUCAUCUCAUCGCCUCUCUUCAGACAGCGCUUAUGUUCCGAAUCUGGGGUUCAGAGCGGGGAAGCGAAACGACUGUCAGCCUCAGCCAACCAAUGCCGUCAUUCGCGCAAAAGCACCAGUUUAUUCUACCGCAUCCACCUGCGCCAACGGUGUCGCUGUCGAGCCAGCUUAGCCCUCAGAAAAGGCGCCUGUCCAGCAUCGACGAUUCACCCUCGCCAGAUGCUGCACUCGCCACCAGUGAACAGCCCUUGAAGCGGGCCAAGCUGGAGAGCAGCAACCCCCCCGUCGCUGACCUGCCUUCCUGCGAUGCUGCUGUAGUUACACCCGCAACUGCGACGCCUGCGCGUGCUGCUUCUCCCGCGGUCACUAACGACUUGGAAGACGCUCGCGAUGCCAUUCAGUACCAGUUUGGUCUGGAGAUUCUGCUCAAGCAUAACGAGCUGAGGCUAAUCAACCAAGAGCUGGCGAAAUGCCAGGUCGCUCUCGAGCAACUACGCCGCUGCCAUCUCAUUCCUUAUCCUACCACCUGUCCCACCCCGGCGCAGAUGCUGGAUAUCAGCAACGGGAAAGGUCCAGCUUUGCAGAACCGCCGUGGAGACUCUGUCCCUCAAUGGGCUCCGCCUUUUGGAGUUGUCGAUGGCCCCUACGCUCGACACUAUGCCAAGUGGCUCAUUCCCCAUCCCAAGUUUGAUGGCAUGCAGCCUGAGUGGUAUCCAGUACAUGAGACUGCCCGUAGCAGAGGCUCAGUAGAGGGACGGACAACGAGAAACAGCAUGUCUGAACUCGCCAGCGCACAUAAGAACCGCCCGGCCCGGGGUCUUGGUGGCCAAAAGCUGCAGUCUCUGUCCAGUGGCUACCCUCAGCCUAAGGAGAAGGCUGGACCUUGUGUUCUGAAGCGCUCUGACGGCCAGACUGUAAAGCUUGUCUGCUUGGACUGCAACCGAGAGAACUUCAGCAGCACUCAGGGUUUCAUCAACCACUGCCGAAUCGCUCACAGGCGAGACUUCAAGAGCCAUGAAGAGGCGGCCGUCCACUGCGGCCAUCCCAUUGAGGUGAACGAAGGCGGCGGCGCCACCGGAGAGGAUAAGGCACCUGUUCCAUCGCCCGCUAUCGCGUCCGGCCUUGUUCAUCCGCUCGCUCAGGCCGACAUGUCCACUCAGCAGGCAUAUGUCGCGUUGCGGUCCAGGAUCGCAGAUUCCCUCAAGAUGUAUCGUGAAGGCAAGCUGCCUGGCGUUGCAAGCAUUCCCAGCGGAUGUUCAAAGGUUGAGCCGGCGAAGCCCGCCACACAGCAGCCUGAGAACUUCGUCGCUUCGGCAGACACCCCGUUCCUUUCGCGACUCAUGCAGAGCAGAAAGUUCAACGGCAAUCUCAAUGAUAUUGUCAGCGAUGCCAAGGAGAAGGUGCCGUUGGACGACCUCACAUCACAGGGAGACGAUUCGGAAGAGGCCGAGACCGGUCCCGGCAGUCCUCAGAGUACUGCCGCACCAGCUGCUCGGGUUCCCGCCACUGCCAUGCGUAUGCCAGCAAGAGCACCAAUGUCGCCUAUUGCCCUGGCAUCGGCGAGACCAACCAGCAGCAAGGGCAGAUCGCCCCAGACGGGCUUCGCUUCCCCGCCCAUGAGCAGUCCUGACAAGGAUGAUGGACACAGAAUGAUGAUGCUCCGUGACGAGGACGUCGACAUGGACGCUGACCUCAGCCCGAACACCAUGGUCAGUAACAAUGCGCCCUCGCUGGUGAGCGAUGAUGGCGAGUACGACGAUUCAGACGAUGGGUCGUCAGAGUCAGGUGUCAGCGAUCGGAUGGACGCCGACUCGGUGUCUGAUGUUGCUGAAAUUACCCUCGAUGAGGAUCAUGACGGACGUCCGCUCGCCCAUCACCGGGAGACUAGCAGCGUCGGCUCCGGCGCCGCCAUGCGUCUCAAGAAGGACGAAAACAAGCAUGUCACUUUCGUUGGUCCUGUCCACGAGAGCGCAAAGCGGGCCCGAAAAGUUUAGGGUAUUUUCGGUUCAUUUCCAAGUCCGAUGAUACUCUUCAGUUUCUGCAUGAAGACCUUAUGCGAGGCAAUUCCUCAACUUGCCGCCAACUCCCUUUGGAUUCACUGUCUUCUCCGGCGAGCAAGACCCUUUUGCGCAUACAUACUCCCUUUAGUUGACGAAGCUUUUCUUCUCUCUCCUCUAUUAUUCUCUUUAUUCAUCCGACUCUGCGCAACAAGGGGUCAAUUGGGACAGGCAAAAGCAGGCUGCGGUGACGUUCGUGGCCGGAGAUGAUAACGUCACUUGUUAGAGGUAUGAACCGGGCGUCACGGUUGUUGGGAAGCGUCUGCCUUUUGCGUACUUUGUUUCUAUUUCGUUUUUCUUCGUUUUUUGCGUGUAGACUUUAUACUUGUUACAACUUCACUGCCUUGGACCAACGGCCCUCCUGGAGGUGGGAGACUGGUUCGGGAGGAACUCGAUAUGAGGGAGACGGUCUCCCGGUGAGGGAUGCAACGCUUACGAGCCGGCUGUAGGAUUCAAAGACAUCCGUGUUGUAUCAUAGCGAUUGGAGAUGAAGGCUUGAUGACGGAAAAAAGACGAUACGAACGAGCUCACAUUGAGCGACCAC